AUGUCCACUUGGCUUGAUGAAGCCAAGAGCAUUGUCGAGAGUAAUGGUGAUCUCGGUCUUUGUGUUGGGGGAUAUAAAGAUGGAGCUGCAAAAUCUAAUACUUACGCAAAUCUUCGGGCACGUUUGGCUAGAGUGGUAAUUUUGCAACAACUAUACAUAACGGAACCAGAGAAUGAGGAAUUGAAUGAUGAUCAACCAGAUGAUGGGGAAUCGGAUGAGGAGGAAUCGGAUGAUGAUCAACCAGAUGAUGAGGAAUUGGAGGAUGAGGAACCAGAUGGUGUGGAAGCGGAUGGUGAGGAAUUGGAGGAUAAGGAAUCGGAUGAUGAGAAACUUCGAUGCAUUUUCUGGAAUUGUGGAGGCUUACUCUCGAAACUGGAGAGCCCUACAAUUUUCCGCGAACUUGUUAUCUCAAAGUGCCCAGACCUGAUCUUCUUGAGCGAAAUUAAAUGUAAAGAUAUAGAAGUUGACGGCGACACAGUAAUUAAGAAAUUGGCCGAUAUGCUUGGCUAUGCAUGCAUCUAUACACCCUCGAUUGGGGACCAAGGCCGAUCAAAGCGUGGCUCGGCUAUUCUCUUUCGAAAAGAAGCUAAUGGAAAAUUCGAAUUUGUGAUCAACAGCGAUAGGCCUAGAAGCAAUAAUCGCAUGGAAGCGAUCUCUGGAACAUUUAAAUUUGGAAACGUCGAGCACGUGUUGAGAUGUGUGUAUCUGGUUCCUCCUGUGUCGGACGCCACGAAAAACAACCUAAUCAAUUACCUCAAAUCUGACACAAAGCGAACGAUUUCCGUCGGCGAUUUGAAUCUUCUAAAAUUUGGACCAAAACGAACACCAAAACGAACACCGAAACGAGGACCAAAAAGAACACAUCAAUCGAUUACAUUA